UGUAAUUGAAUACUGCAGUUCCCCAUAGCUAAUUGAACAGUAUGGCGAGCUACUUUAUUAUAUUCCUGCUGUGUGGAUUAAUGUGUGCCGUGUUGACAGCGCCACAUCCACCAGAGGUGCUUGAGCCCGUUAACCAGGAAUUGGUGGAGACUACUGCAGGCAGUGGCGACAACAGUGCUGAGCAGUACAUGAAUGCCAUGGAGGAACGAACCAAACUCUGGUGGAAGUCCAUCGCUGGAACUGAUUACUCUAGUGAGGUUUAUGAUGAGAAGACUUCUCUAGAUGAUGAUUACUUGUUGCACGGUGUUAAGGAUGUGACCCAGCUCCUGCCAAUAAGAUGAUAAACCAAAUACGUAUUUAAAAUUACAAAGAUUAAAAUGAAUGAAAGGUUCAUUAUAUGGUGGAAAGCAAUACCAGAAACACCCAAAGCUUAUGUAAAUUAUUUCCUAACUAAUCAUCUGGUAAACAUAAUUUCCAGAGUCAAUGUAAAUGUAGUGCCAGCUAGUCCAAGCGCUUAAAUCCGACACUCACUCACAGAUCAAUUAACUUUGUGGUAAACUGCGUGUCAAUAUACUCGGAGCUUUCUGUGGAAUUUCCCAGGCAAAGAUUCUAGAAUUAUUGCACAUACAUAAUGUCAAUCAUUGAGCUUUGCUGAUAACCCGGAGACAUGGCUAUAAAAGCCCAGCUCUGUGGCUGACAACUGACAUUCAGUCAAGUGUUCCCCGCGCUUAGAGGGAAAAAUGAAAUUGGUUCUCGGACUUCUGGUGCUCUGUGUAGCAAUCUAUUCGGUGAUCGCUGCAUCGGG